UCAGAGAAAUCAGUGUUUCUCGCUUGUUCUCCAAGAUCUGGUUUGUUUGAAGUAAAAGUUCUUGUUCUUUGUGUUCUAGUUCAACAUGGAUUAUUUUGCUUUGUUCUUGUGCGCUGGAUGUGUUGUAUUAUCUGGUUUAGUCCUCAACGUUGAAUCUUGUUUGGAACAGAGUAGGGAAUGUGUUCGACUGUCUCAAUUCCAAAGUAUAGUCGAUGAUCAAAUGCCUGGGAAUUGCAAGAACUUAACCAAGGCAAAGUCUUGUUACGACAAGGUCCUUAGGGAAUGCAAGUCGGCUAAUGAGAGCAGAAUGAUAAGCAUGGCCAGGAACUCGACGGAGUUUCAGUAUAAUACUUAUUGUUUCUUUGAUAUCAGCCAAGCUGGCUUACAAGAAGGAAAUCAGUGUGCCAGAGUGAUGCAAACUGAAGAGAUGCGCUUGGAUCAGUUAGAUCAAUUGUGUCCCAAGUUAAGCUCUGCCUUGAGUUGUUUGAACGCGGCCAUUGCGACAUGCACGAGUGACGCAGAGAGAAGCAAUUUGAACUCUGGGAAGAUGGGGCUAGAACAGCAGUACAACACCCUCUGUUCCGGUGGUUGCAGCAUUGCCGAUAUCAUGAAAUGUUCACCUAAAAACAUGGAUCAGCCUCCAGCACUAAACGAAGAAACUUGCCAGGGUGCAAGAGAGAUGAAAGUGUGUAUUGCAGACGUGAGGGCUAAAUGCACCCAGGAAGACAUUAAGGCACAGAUAGACAUGCAAAUCCAGUUCGCUGAUUACUUGCUGACACAAUGUGCCAGCAUUACGCCAGGUUCCGGCGGUUGCAGCAUUGCCGAUAUCAUGAGAUGUUCACCUAAUAACACGGAUCAGCUUUCAAUAGUAAACGAAGAAACUUGCAAGGCUGUAAGACAGAUGAAAGUGUGUAUUGCAGAAGUGAGGGCUAAAUGCACUCAGGAAGACAUUAAGGCACAGAUAGACAUGCAAAUCCAAGGCCUUGAACAGAUGCUGCCACAAUGUCCCAACACUACGUCAGAACCAAAGAAGAAAAAGAAGGUUAAAAUACCAAAAAUUAAAAAGAUUAAAAAGACAAAGAAAAUUAAAAAUCUUAAAAAGGAUGAGAAAGAAGACAGGAAAAAAAAGAAGAAACAACGAAGACCAAGGUUUUUGUUGUAACUGAAAGCCCCACGUCCCAGGUUUCAAGUCUCUCAGAAGGAACCAUUAACCUCACUGUGAUGUUCUGCAUCAUUUGUACUUAACAUGUUAUAAAUACAUUUUGUAUGUGAUGCAUUUUCAGUCAACUGAAUUUGUAUACUUACAAUUCGGUUAAAGUGUUCUUUAAAUAUUUUUUACGAAUCCAUUACUUAAAAACAAUAAAUACAAAAUAUAUCCGAUAAUAA